GUUUAAUUAACCUGGUCUCAACUAGGUGUCAAAGUUCAUUUCAAGCAAUCGUUGAGCCGUAGGUUAUACGGAUUUCUCUAUCGUUUCCCCACCACCUUCCACGGAUUUUCUGAAAUAAGAUCUGGCAGCACUGGUCAGCGACCGUCAGUCGGAUUGUCAGAUUUUGGCGGAUUCAAUUGAACCGAACGGUUUUUUGUACAGUAUUAAAAGGUCGAGUUGUGAUCAUUGUUGUUUUAUUCAACACACACGAGAAAUGGACGAAAACGAACCAAGAAACAAAAAUCAAAUCAUGGAAACGCCAAAGAUCAAUUACAUAGAUAUGACUUUGUUAAAUACUCCAAGACCACAAGCUUCGUCCACGGUUGAACGGAAAAGCAUAUUAGCAGCACGCAUGCCUGACAAACGUUCAAAGGAUAUUAGAUAUAAGCGACCACUUUUAAGCGAUGAGAUGAAGUAUUCUGAGGACUCUUCAUUGGGAAUUAUUGAAAAUAUUUCUUCUUUGCUCGAUGAUACUAGAGAGUCGACUGAAGGUUCGAAACUGAAAAGUACAAUUGACACGGAAAGAGAGCUUGCCCGGAAAAUACUUCAAAGGUGCAGUGAACAAAAAGCAUAUGCCAAUAUUGGUAUGUACAGAAAUAUCUGAAGUUCUCUUAACUAUUUAUUACAUUUGCCAAAUCUUUCAGAAAUCGACAAAGAAAAGGAUUUGAAUCAACAAAACUUAUCAAGUGAUAACACUCCAUCAACUUUGAUGAGUUCUGGUCAUACACUUCUCAGUCAAACUUUUACUCCUGGUCUCAGUAAUUUUCAAAGUUCACCCACAAAAGAUGUAGCUACGUUGAAUGAUAAUAAUCCUACUCCUGCUGUUCAGUUAAGCACUGCUGGCAUUAACUUUGAGCCAAUUGAGAUAACUGGACGCUCAUCGAUAUCGAGUAAAGGUUCGGGACAACUAGGAAUUACAGCAAGUUCCACGGAAGGAAUAAGUUUCAACACAGUUAAUGCAGAAAUCAUGGCUCAAUUUGCUAAUGAAGAAUUUCAGUCCGGCUCUCGGGCGGCUAGUCUUUUAUUGGCUGAUGAAGUUUCAUGGCAGCAAAAUCACCCAUAUGCU